GCGGCGCGGGCGCGACUGCGGCGGCUCGGGCGGGCGGGGGGCGGCGCCGGCGGACACGCAACGGCAGGAGCAGCGGCCGCGGCGCCGCGGGGACCAGCGGGCGCAGGGUCGGUCUGGGGUUCUAGCAGCUGGCACCAGCCCUCCCGGCCCCGUCCCCCACCCACCACGGGGAAGAUGCCCGAGCAAAGCAACGACUACCGCGUGGUGGUGUUUGGGGCGGGCGGCGUGGGCAAGAGCUCGCUGGUGCUGCGCUUCGUGAAGGGCACGUUCCGUGACACCUACAUCCCCACCAUCGAGGACACCUACCGGCAGGUGAUCAGCUGCGACAAGAGCGUGUGCACGCUGCAGAUCACGGACACGACUGGCAGCCACCAGUUCCCGGCCAUGCAGCGGCUGUCCAUCUCCAAGGGCCAUGCCUUCAUCCUGGUGUACUCCAUCACCAGCAAGCAGUCGCUCGAGGAACUGGGGCCCAUCUAUCAGCUCAUCGUGCAGAUCAAAGGCAGCGUGGAGGACAUCCCCGUCAUGCUGGUGGGCAACAAGUGCGACGAGACGCAGCGGGAGGUGGACACGCGCGAGGCCCAGGCGGUGGCCCAGCAGUGGAAGUGCGCCUUCAUGGAGACCUCUGCCAAGAUGAACUACAAUGUCAAGGAGCUCUUCCAGGAGCUGCUCACACUGGAGACGCGCCGCAACAUGAGCCUGAGCAUCGACGGCAAGCGCUCCAGCAAGCAGAAGAGGACAGACCGCAUCAAGGGCAAAUGCACCCUCAUGUGAGCCCGGGACGUCCCCGGUCCCCGCUGCCUCCCCAACACCCACACCCUCCUCCACCUCCUCCUCUUCCUCUUCCUCCCUCCUCCAGCUGGGGAAACCAAGGCUCCCUCCUGGCCAGCCUGCGGCAGAGCUGGGCUCUUUCCCCCCAACCCCUGCCCUCCCGUUCCACCUGUAACCCCAAAACCAAGAGCCGGAGGCAGCCCCCCAUCCUGCACGUGGGAAAACCGGGGAGCCGGCAGGAGGGGCUGCUAGUCCUAGCCGGGUGCAGAGGAGGUGCAUUUCCUCCAUCUCCUCCCAAGGACCCCCGUCUCCGUCCCCUUCCCUUGGUGCCCCCAGCCAGACAUGUGCCCUGCCCGCCACAUUUGAUCACUGUGACCUUCCGGGGGAGGGGCCAGUGGAGAUGUACUUCGACCUCAGAUUUUUUUUUCCUUUCCUCCCAUUUGGUGUUUAACAUACACCCCACUCCAUCCAUCGUGACCUCUGACCUGUGCCCCUUCCCUGGGUCCCCAAGCACUCCCUCUCACCCCUGUCCCUACACUGGGGUGGGGGUGGGGCCCACAAGAUAGGCCUCAGGCCACCAGGCAAUAACCACAGGCCCUGCAGCAGCGUCCCCACCAGCCAGCCCCAGAUCUCGCCCCUGGGACAGGGAUGGAGACCAAGGGAAGCCCAGGACCAGCCGACAGCCACAGCACAACUCCAGGGACUGUCCAGCGAGGACGGCCCCGCUGGAGAGGCACAGGCAGACCUGGCGCUGUGAGCACGGAUGGGCCUCCUGGACACCCCCCGUCUGGGGACCCGCCUCUUCCAUCGAGACAGAGACGUUGGCAGUACCCUGGUGGGGGGUCUUGGGUGCUGGGGAGGGGGUGCUUGGGCCUCUGAUGAGAGACGUAAACCACACCCCUCCAGGGGCAGGACCAGCACCAGCAGUAUCCAGGGGGCUCCAGGCAGAAUCCUGUUCAGCCACUUCCUCCCACCAGCCGUGCCCAGGAAGGUGAUGUCCUGGAGUGGGGGUGUCUCUGCAGCCAUGAGGUUCUGGGUCACUCCACACUCACGUGACCCCAGGGGGCUGUGUCAGCAGACAUGGAGGUGACUGUGGAACUGUGUACCCGUAUGGCUAGGGGUGCAUGGAUGGGUGGCUUGUAUCUAAAGGUAUGUCUCUGUGUGUGUGUGCCACUGGGAUAGUGCACUUUUUGCAACAGUCUGUGCAUGUAGUGAUCGGGGCAGGGUGUCCGUAGAGGUGGGCAGCUGCAGCUUCAUGCGUGUGGUUGUCAACAGGACUGGGUCUCUGUGACGUGUCCAUGUGAAUCUUUGUACCCAUGUGAGCGUGACUGUAUUUUCAGGAGUGGGUGACGUGUUUUAUCUGAGAGCAUGUAUCUGUGAACCUGCUGGUUCUGACCGAGGGACUCUUAGUGAGGGGACUCUCAGCCAUAAGUCUGUAUCAGCCAGCUGUUGUCGAGGAACAAGUUACCACACAUGUGGCAACGUCAAACAAGACACAUUUAUUAUCUUGCAAUUUCUGUGGGCAGGUUGGCUGGGUCUUUUCGGGGUCUCCAGAGGCUGUGAUCAAAGUGUUGGCUGGGCUGGGGUCUCAUCUGAAGGCCAGAUGGGGACAGGAUAUGCUUCCAGAACUCACGAGAUUGUCCCAGCACUCAGAUCCUCACAGUGUAGGACUGUCCGGCCUUUGUUCCUUGCUGGCUGUCAGCUGAAGCUGCCACGUGACAUCUCCAUGAAGUGGCUUGGGAUGGAGAAGUUAGGCUAGCCAGGGAAAGAGAGUAUCCCAGUAUCCCUGCCAGAGAGGUUGCAUGCAUGUGGCUCUGGGGUCACAUGGUCAGGUGGACAUUGAAGGUAGGACAGAUUGUUUGUGUCUGACCUACUGUCAGCAUGUUUAUUUUUGUCUGUGUUCGUGGACUGUUCCCUCAACACGUUUACUGGGCACACUCUGGGGGAGAGAAAGUGCGUGUGUGAAUCACCACCCAGCACGUGGACGGGGCCCCAGGAGAGCCGCACAUCGUGUCUGAGCAUAGCUGAGCCCCCCAAACUUUGGCUGGCCUGGGGCCUCCUCCCCUGCCCUGGGAGUGGCUUCUGGACUUCGAAGGUGCCGAGAGGGUGAGGCUGAAUAGGGCCCUUUCUCAGGGACACACCCUGAUAGCACAAUCCCCCUGGGGCCCCGUCGGCCCCAGGCCUCUCCUGCCCCGGGCCCCGACCCUAGGGAGAGAGAAGGGUUCUCUCUGGACGCUGGCCGGGCCGUGCUUGCUGUCACCCUGCCCCUCCCCCCUCCGCAUGUGGGCGCCCCUCCCCCCAGUGUGGGGUCUGUGUAGCAUUCGCUGUAGACAUAGUCUUCCUGCAAUAAAGUGGAUCCUGCAGUCCCUGCCCGCA